UUAUACCCCUGCUUGCUUACUCGAUAGCCCAAAAUCACAACAUCAGCUUGGAUCUUCACAGUAACAUACGCUAGAUUCUCCACAGCACGAUCACCCAUCCGGGAAUCCGGUGAUGUCACCGCGCCAAUCAAUACAACCCUCGGCGCGCCUUGGUCGGGCGGGACAAGGCUGAUGGGAUGGUGUUCGCUCGCUGAGGGGGGGGCGAAGAAAUCCAGGGGGUUGCAAUUCUAGCCGUCAUUCGCUUAGUAAACUGGAGAUUGAGGAGUCCCGAAUCGUCGCUGUGCAGCUCAAUUUACGGUGCUCUCUCUCCUCUCUCUCCUGAGAAUUUCAAUAGCGGCGCCUCGGCAGGACGUUUUCGCAAGCGCAAUUUCUCCGCCUCCCGGCAUCUUAGCCGUUGGAUCUAUCUAAUUUACUUGUUUUGCUCACUUACCUCACGAUGCGAAUUCCAUCGAACGACUUCAUACUAUCAUUCCUCUUUCCCCCCCUUUUCUUGUCUCAUUUCUUCUUCAUUAGAUGAUUACUUUAGAUUUUGAUUCAGCGAUCUUUUCUAGAGAGCCUGUGAGCCAUUCGUCAUGGCAUCCAGCACAUCAAUCCACAUUGAGCCGGAUCCCGCCAACGCCAGCAGCAGCGACAGCCGGCGGACGUCAUCAGGCGACGAGAAGCGCCCGGAGACGGUCUGGGUCAACGUCGACAUCGACGACAUCAAUGCUGCCGUGGCCCGCGACGCCGAGGCGGACGCGCAGCGCCGCGCGCAAUCCCACAAGCACGGGCUCAUCUCGUACGAGGAAUUGCCCGUCUGGCACCAGGACAACCCCUUCAUCAGACACUCGUACCGCCCCAUCUCCCGCAGCACGGGCGCCUGCCUGCGCAGCUGGGGCUUCCUGCACAACGAGACGCUGAACAUCUACACGCACCUCGUGCCGGCCGUCGCGGCGCUCUUCGUGGGCGAGGCAUGGGUGCUCUCGUACCUCUCCCAGAAGUACGCCCGCGUCGGCCCGAGCGACUACGUCAUCUUCGCGUUCCUGCUGUCGGCCGCCGCGACAUGUCUGGGCAUAUCCAGCGCGUACCACACGCUGAUGAGCCACUCGCGCGAGGUCGAGGCGCGCUGGCUACGCCUCGAUUUCGUCGGCAUCAUCAUCUUGAUCGUGGGGUCCUUCGUCUCGGGCAUCUACGUCGGGUUCUGGUGCGAGGCGCUAGAGCGCAAGAUCUACUGGUCCAUGAGCGCGUCCCUCGGCGCGCUGAGCAUCAUCAUCAUGGUGGCGCCGUAUUUUCAAGGCCUCAAGUGGCGCACCUUCCGCCUCGUCGUCCUCGUCGUCACGGGCCUGUCGGGCCUCGCCCCCAUCAUCCACGGCAUCCACAUGUUCGGCUUCGCCCAGAUGGCCAAGCAGUCCGGUCUGCCGUAUUACUUCGCCGAGGGCGGGCUGUUCUUGCUCGGCGCCGUCGCGUACGCGUUCCGGUUCCCCGAGCGCAUCAAGCCGGGGGCCUUUGACGUCUUCGGGUCGUCGCAUCAGAUCUUCCACGUCUUGGUCGUGGUCGCCACGCUCACGCAUCUGGUUGGCGUCCUGCAAGCGUUUGAUUAUAAUUAUCAUAAUAGACAAUGUUCGUUGUGAUGAUGAUGAAAAUGAAUGAAAAGUAUAGUUAUAUUAAAACUUAGAAAU